AUGUUUUCACUAUCCCGUCUCCUCCUCGUCGCCUUCCUCGCCGCCCCGGCCGCGCUCGUUGCCGGCACUCCGAAUCCCGAGCCCGUCGCCCCCACGCGCGUCCACCGCUACGCCCCGGUCGAGGACACCAGCUCGGGUUACAACCCCACUGAGAUCGUCCCCCGCGCCCUCGCGCACAACCCCGUGGACGCGCGCGCGCUGACCAACGGCCAACGCCUCGCGCGCGGCCUCCCGCCGCGCAGCCCCGCGCAGAACACGCGUCGUCGUGCGCUCGCCGCGCGCCAGUCCCCCACGCCCUGCGUACUGGUCCAGGCGACUGGAACUAUCCAGGUCACGGACACCGCACAGGGGUCCGUCCUCGGAUGGGUGUCUAGCGCAGCGAACGGGUAUGGCGAGUAUGGCCUGACGGGAGACGUGUUGAGUGCACUUUCCGUUGUGCUCAACCUAUGCGACUCGAACAGCUCGCCCUUUGACAUCACGACCGCUAAUGGGCUGUCGGCUUACCCGUACUUCGGCGGUGUCGUUGGCUUCUCGAGCUCAGGUGAUGACCUCCAUUCAGGGUCAUUCAACUACGUCUACAUCGCGGGCACUUCUCAAGUCUCGCGCGGUCCUGCGCAGAGCGGCUCGAACGUAUUCACCGCUGCGUCGGGCACGCGCAAGGACAUCGAGUCUGCUGUGUGGACACUCAGCGGCACCAACGCGCUCGCGUUCAACUGGGUGAAUAACGAUGGAUCCACAGCCCCGGGCACCCUUGUGUAUGUUGCGAGCGCCAACGCGUUUGCAUACACGGGCGACCUCGCCGUAUUCCGCGUCCGAUUCAGCCCUGGGAACGCAGUGACGUUCACGUUCUUCGCCGAUCCCAUGUAA